UUCAUUUGCCAUUCUAUAGGGGAAAGGUUGCCUAUAUAAACCAACUCCAAAUCUCAGAGCCUCACACUUGUUUUUCUGAGCACAAGCAAGCCUUUUGGAUUCUUCCAGAAUCAACAUUUCACCAGCCAUCAUGAACUCAGUAGUCAGCUUCUUAUGCAUUGCUGUCGCUCUCUGUGCAGCAUCUGUUGCAGCAGGCCCAGUUCUCCCCUAUCGACUACCUUUGGCUGGUGUCAGAAGUUAUUACUAUGGUGGAGUUCCAGCUCCCGUCGUCGCUCCCUAUGGAGCAGUUGCUCCAGUUGCCGCUGCUCCUGCAGUUGUCCCUGACUACUACACCUAUUCUGCAGCUGCUGCCCUCAGUUAUCCUGGAUAUCCUUAUGCAGGAUAUUAUGGAGUCCCCUAUGGAGCUUAUGCUUACCCUUACUACAAGAAAUGAGCACCUGAAUGGUAACGGUUGCGAUCUGGUCUGGUCUCAUUUAUACAUACAGGGGAGCUUAACUAGAUUCCUUAAAUUAUUCAAGUUCUGAAUAUCUUCUCCACGAGAAAAAUGUGAAACAGUUCUCUACAAAUCAACAAGGAUUUGCAAAGAAUUGUUAAUGUAUUUUCUGUAUGUGAUUUGAGACUAAUAAAAUUUUUUAAUGUUGCAAUAAUAAAAAAAAUGUCACUUUGU